UAGUUAUAGCUCCACACACACACACACACACUGCACAAAGAAACCACACCCACAGAAAAAAAUGCAACCUUUCACAUGUUUCAUGGCAUCCCUUUUAGUUUUAGCCCUCCUCUCCUUCACCACCAUCUCCGCGACUCCAAGACUCAGAUUAGAAACCGAUUCCGACACCGAUUUCAUCAAGGCAUCAUGUGAAGCCACAAAGUACGCCGACUUGUGCUUCAAAACCCUGUCCCCGUUUGCGACCACUGUCCAAUCGAGCCAAAUGCAAUUGGCGAGUCUGGCGCUGAGUUUGAGCUUGAAGAGUGCCAAAUCGACGUCGAAAGCCGUGAAGGAGCUGUUGAAAGGGCGGGAUGUGAGUAUGCAGGACGGGAUGGCGGUGGAGGACUGUUUGGAGAAUAUGAGUGAUUCGGUGGAUGAGAUGCGGAAAUCGGUGGUGGAAAUGAAGGGAUUGGAUGGACCGGAUUUUGAAGAGAAAAUGGGGAAUGUGAAGACGUGGGUGAGUGCUGCGUUGACAGAUGAAGAUACUUGUAUGGAUGGAUUUGAAGAAAAUGUUGGGAAGAUGAAGGAGACGAUUAGAGGAUAUAUAGUAAAUGUUGCAGAGUUAACAAGCAAUGCUUUAGCUCUCAUUAGUAAUAUUUCUUAGAUCUUUAUUGUAAAAAAAAAAGAGAGUGGCACUGCUUUGUUGUAAAAUAUAUUUAUUUUAUUUAUUAGGUUAUAGUGAACUCCUUGUCAAUUAAGCAGCAUGACUGGGGGUGGUUUCACUAGAGUGAAAAAAAAGUUGUUUUAAAGAGUGUUUGAAUGUUGAUGUUAUCAAUAAUUGGGUCCUACCAUCUCUAGAAUUAAUGUUGUCAGGUACUUUUUGGUGGUAAAGUUUAAAAUCAUAUUAAUACAGUAUUAGUUUUGCAA